GCUACUGAAAUGUCUUGAAACUUACAAGUCUCCUCUUUCUCAAACACAGAGGAAACACAGAGUUAGAAGGAGAGAAGACAACAGUCACAGGAAGAGGAACUUGAUAUUGCAACACACCUCUCCUUGAACUCCACAGAACUUUCCCAGCAACUUCUGCUUUGAACCUUCCGUGCACAAAUCUGAUUUGGAGCUUCAGCAACUUCUUCCAGGGAGGAGGUCCAGUGUAGCUGCUAUUGCGACCCAAGAUCUUGAUUCACAUCCACAGAUUGGAAUAUUGGUGUACCAGCCAUCCUCAGACACCUCACUAAGGACAGAUGAGGAAACUGAGGCUUGGUGAAGUUACGAAACUUGUCCAAAGUCACACAGCUUGUAAAGGGCACAGCCAAGAUUCAGAGCCAGGUUGUAAAAAUUAAAAUGAACAAACUACGGCAAAGUUUUAGGAGAAAGAAAGAUGUUUAUGUUCCAGAGGCCAGUCGUCCACAUCAGUGGCAGACAGAUGAAGAAGGGGUUCGUACUGGAAAAUGUAGCUUCCCAGUUAAGUACCUUGGCCAUGUAGAAGUUGAUGAGUCAAGAGGAAUGCACAUCUGUGAAGAUGCUGUAAAAAGAUUGAAAGCUGAAAGGAAGUUCUUCAAAGGCUUCUUUGGAAAAACUGGAAAGAAAGCAGUUAAAGCAGUCCUGUGGGUAUCAGCAGAUGGACUUAGAGUUGUGGAUGAGAAAACUAAGGACCUCAUAGUUGACCAGACAAUAGAAAAAGUUUCUUUCUGUGCCCCAGAUAGGAACUUUGAUAGAGCCUUCUCUUACAUAUGCCGGGACGGCACUACUCGGCGCUGGAUCUGUCAUUGCUUUAUGGCUGUCAAGGACACGGGUGAAAGAUUGAGUCAUGCAGUAGGCUGUGCUUUUGCGGCCUGUUUAGAACGGAAGCAGAAGCGGGAGAAGGAAUGUGGAGUGACUGCUACUUUUGAUGCCAGUCGGACCACUUUUACAAGAGAAGGAUCAUUCCGUGUCACAACAGCCACCGAGCAAGCAGAAAGAGAGGAGAUCAUGAAACAAAUCCAAGAUGCCAAGAAAGCUGAAACAAAUAAGACAGUUGUUGGAUCAUCGGCGGCCCCUGGCAAUACUGCCCCACCCCCGUUCUCUCCCACGUCUCCCACUUCGGAUGCCGCUGCCUCCCUGGAGACAAGCAAUCCUCAUGCCAUCCCGCGUCGGCAUGCACCCAUUGAACAGCUUGCUCGCCAAGGCUCGUUCCGAGGAUUUCCUGCUCUCAGCCAGAAGAUGUCACCCUUUAAACGCCAGCUAUCCCUGCGCAUCAAUGAGUUGCCUUCCACUAUGCAGAGGAAGACUGAUUUCCCCAUAAAAAAUGCAGUGCCAGAAGUAGAAGGAGAGGCAGAGAGUAUCAGCUCUCUGUGCUCACAGAUCACCAAUGCCUUCAGCACCCCCUCCGAGGACCCCUUCUCAUCUGCCCCAAUGACCAAACCAGUGACGGUGAUAGCACCACAGUCUCCUGCCUUUCAAGCUAAUGGCACUGACUCAGCCUUCCAUGUGCUUGCUGCUAAGCCAGCCCAUACUGCUCUAGCACCCGUAGCAAUGCCUGUGCGUGAAACCAACCCCUGGGCCCAUGCCCCUGAUGCUGCUAACAAGGGAAUUGCAGCCACACAUUCGGGGACCGAGUGGGGUCAAUCUUCUGGUGCUGCAUCUCCAGGUCUCUUGCAGGCUGGUCACAGACGCACUCCCUCUGAGGCUGACCGCUGGUUAGAAGAGGUGUCCAAGAGCGUCCGGGUGCAGCAGCCCCAGGCCUCAGCUGCUCCUUUGCAGCCAGUUCUCCAGCCUCCUCCACCCACUGCCAUGACCCAGCCAGCGCCGCCUUUCCAAGGGAACGCAUUCCUCACCUCUCAGCCUGUGCCAGUGGGCGUGGUCCCACCCCUGCAGCCAGCCUUUGUCCCUGCCCAGUCCUAUCCUGUGGCCAAUGGGAUGCCCUAUCCAGCCCCUAAUGUGCCUGUGGUGGGCAUCACUCCCUCCCAGAUGGUAGCCAACGUGUUUGGCACUGCAGGCCACCCUCAGGCCGCCCACCCCCAUCAGUCUCCCAGCCUGGUCAAGCAGCAGACAUUCCCACAGUAUGAGACAAGCAGUGCUACUGCCAGUCCCUUCUUUAAGCCGCCUGCUCAGCACCUCAACGGUUCUGCAGCUUUCAAUGGUGUAGACGAUGGCAGGUUGGCCUCAGGAGAUAAGCACACAGAGGUUCCUGCAGGCACCUGCCCAGUGGAUCCUUUCGAAGCCCAGUGGGCUGCAUUAGAAAGCAAGUCCAAGCAGCGUACUAACCCCUCUCCCACCAAUCCUUUCUCCAGUGACUUACAGAAGACGUUUGAAAUUGAACUUUAAGCAGUCUCUAUGGCUUAUGUAUUGUCUGUACUUAGCAAGGGGGUCAGAGGAGCAAAGGGAACUUUGUGUUCCCAAUCAGUAUACUUUUCACCAAUCCCAAAGGUCCCAAGGCAUGUCCAGGCAGAGAGUGCUAGGAGAGGUGAUUUUGAAAAAAACGGAAAAAACAUUCCUAGAGAAGAGUUGUCUUGCAGUUAGGCUAAAGAAGUCAAGGAAAUGUUUCCCUCUGUCCCCCUCCUACUCCCUCAGCCCCUUACAAAUCUCUGGCAACAGAGAGGCAGAAAUAUCUCAACAGGAAUCUGUAUUCAAAGCACAUUUACUGGAAUUCAAAACACAACGGAAGCAAAACAAUCUCCCUUUGUUUUUCAGGCCAUUCACCUGCCGCCUCUCAGUACUGGCCUGUCUUAGAGAUCAAGAACAUGGUGGCCUGUGCUUGGGCUGGGGACGGGAGGCAGGCUAUGUCGCCAGAAUUCCCAGGAGAGCACAUCAGCAACUGCCCAACAGAGCUAUAUUUUAGGGGCAAAGUUGAGCUUCCACUUUGAGUAAGAAUAAAUAUUAUAAAUAUAUAUAUCAAAAAAAAGCCAAAAUCUUUAUUUUUAUGCAUUUAGAAUAUUUUAAAUAGUUCUCAAUAUUAAAAAGUUGUGUGAGUUGUAAGUAAUCUUACCAAAGGUAAAAGGGUUAGCUGUAAGAAAUUGUACAUAAGAUUGAUUUAUCAGUGAUGCCUAUUGAAGCGGAGAGAGGAAAGGUUGGGAGUUGCAGAUGGGGUCCCUAGCUUAUCUGGUAUCAUUCAUUGUAAGUAGCACAUUGCAGCAACAAUCAUGCAAAUGACCAAUACAGUCACUAGGUUGUAGUUUUAAAGAAAACGAAAGAGCAGUAUUGUCCUGGUUUUAAACCUGUGAUGAAAUUCUAAUGUCAUUAUUUUAAUGGAAUCAGUCUAAAUACUCUAUAGAGAAUAUGCAUCUUCUUUCAUAUACUGCUGCAGUUUAUGUUAAUCCUCUACUUAACACUAAGGUGACAAUGACAGAAUCACAUCCCUCAAUGGGGAGCGCAGGCUACUGUGUUGGUUUGUCAUGUGGGUCUUGUUUUGUCCUUUAGGUUUUGUCCCCACGAGUUUUGUGGGGAUGGAGAUUCUAGUUUUAUUAGCUGUGUGUGCGUCUGUCCCCCCACGUGGUGAGCAGAACGUCCCGUUGCCAGUGGCGGCCUCUUGACCUCUGGUAACAACGUGAGGUCCCAUCUCAUUCUUACUUUUGAACGUUGGCCUUACAAUCAAAUGUAAGUUAUAUAUAUUUGUACUGAUGAGAAUUUAUAAUCUGCUUUAACAAAAAUAAAUGUUCGUGGUAGAA